AUGCCAAACUUUAGAUCCAACGCCGCUGAGUUCCUUCACUCUGCCUGGCUUCGGCUAAGUGUAGGCCAGGUUUGCGUGCUGAUCGUCUCGGUUCUACUCCUCCAUUGGGCCAAAAACAAAUACUUCACCCGCCUUCGGCAUGUCCCUGGGCCAUUUAUCGCUGGCUGUACAAGGCUAUGGAAGUUAUACCACGUCAGUGGUGGCCAGUUCGCAAGAGUUCAGAUUCAACUUCAUUCGCGGUACGGGCCAAUCGUGCGUGUUGCCCCGAACGAAGUCCUUAUCUCCGAUCCUUCUGCUGUCAAAAUCAUUUAUGGCCAUACCUCGAACUUUGGAAAGACAAAGUUCUACAUCCCCUUUGGGAACAAAGAUAACGAUGACCUGUUUACCGACCCAAACAUUGCUCGACAUGCUCACAACCGCCGAGAGAUCGCCGCGGCGUAUAGCAUGACUUCCCUCGUCGAGCUGGAAACAUUUGUCGACAAGUGUACAAGCACCAUGGUCGAGAGACUUCACAGCCUAUUCGUUAAAGAGCAUAACCCUGCCGAUAUUGCAAGUUGGCUCCAGUACUACGCGUUCGAUGUCAUUGGCCAAAUCACUUUCUCGCAACCUUUUGGAUUCAUGAAAGAGGGGAAAGAUAUACAGAAUUGCAUCGCAAAACUUGAGCGGUAUUUGAUCCGUGGUGCGAUAUUCACGGUGAUACCCGAAUACUGGUCGUUAUACUAUGUCGCCACAAACCUCCUUUCAAAACUGGGUCUGAUAUACCCCCCUGGCAUUGGUAUCUUCAACGACUUUAAGAUGGGACGUACUCAGCCUACGAUCUGGCGUAGCUGUUUCGCCAAUGUCGCCGCGGGGAGUGAUACUACAGCAAUUAGUCUGCGGUCAAUCAUGUACUUCCUACUCAAGAAUCCUUUGACAUACAGACGUCUUCAAGAAGAGAUCGACACGUUCAGCGAUGAGGAAAAAAUCAGUGAUCCGGUUACGUUUGGCGAGGCAAACAACAUGCCCUACCUUCAGGCGGUAAUGAAAGAAGCAAUGAGAAUACAUCCCGCCGUUCAAUGGAGCCUCCCUCGUUACGUCCCCAACUCCAACCUCCAAAUCGGCUUGUUCACUCUCCCUGCCGGAUCUGAGGUUGGUGUCAAUCCAUACGUAAUUCAUCGUAGCAAAUUAAUCUUCGGUUACGAUGCCGACCAAUUUCGGCCUGAGCGGUGGUUGGAGGAUAAAGAGAAGGCGCGCGAGAUGGAUCGAUUCAUGAUACAAUUUGGGAUGGGAUCACGUCUGUGUUUGGGUAAGAACAUCUCAUUGAUGGAGAUGUCGAAACUGCUUCCACAAUUGCUGAGAAAUUUCGACUUUGAGCUUGUUGAUUCAGGGGCCGACUGGAAGGUAUCAAACUUUUGGUUUGCCAAGCAAAGUGAAAUGGACUGUUAUGUAACUAAGAGGAAUAAAUAG